AAAACAAAAAAACACGUAGCUCAAUUUGGCUCAUAUAUACCCAACGCAAUCAAAACUCAACUUUUCCACACACAAAAAAUGAAAAUUUUCACUUUCAUUCCUCAAUUGCCAUCUCUAAUCCUCCUUUUGUCUCUUUCAUCUUUCGUCUCUUCUUCAGACACUUCCAAACUCUUCGAAGAGUGGAGCAAAAACCAUGGCAAAACAUACGCUUCUGAAGAAGAGAAGCUUCACAGGUUCAAGGUGUUCGAAGACAAUUACGCGUUUGUCACACAACACAACCAAAUGGGAAAUUCCAGUUAUACCCUCUCCCUCAACGCUUUCGCAGAUCUCACUCACCAAGAAUUCAAAACCACUCGUCUCGGUUUGCCUCCUUCGUUGCUGAGAUUGAAAUUCGACAAAUUUCAGAAUCAACCGGUUGUUGAUGAUAAUGAUCUUCUGGAAGUUCCGUCGCAGGUUGAUUGGAGAGAGAGUGGCGCUGUUACUAACGUCAAAGACCAAGGAAGCUGCGGUGCUUGUUGGUCAUUUUCAGCUACCGGGGCUAUUGAAGGGAUAAACAAAAUUGUGACAGGGUCUCUUGUAAGUCUUUCUGAACAAGAAUUGGUAGAUUGUGAUACAAGGUAUAAUAGUGGUUGUGGUGGUGGACUCAUGGAUUAUGCAUAUCAAUUUAUCAUUGAGAAUAAAGGUAUUGAUACCGAAGAAGAUUACCCGUAUGAAGGUCGUCAAGUACUUUGCAAAAAAGACAAGUUAAAAAGGCGUGUUGUUACGAUUGAUGGUUAUACGGAUGUGCCUUCGAAAGAUGAGAACAAACUACUAAAGGCUGUUGCAGUCCAGCCUGUUAGCGUAGGCAUAUGUGGUAGUGCGAGGGCUUUUCAGAUGUACUCGAAGGGUAUCUUCACUGGACCUUGUUCAACUUCUCUUGAUCAUGCGGUGUUGAUUGUAGGAUAUGGUUCUGAGAACGGAGUAGAUCAUUGGAUUGUGAAGAACUCAUGGGGAAAAUAUUGGGGAAUGAAUGGUUACAUACACAUAUUACGAAACACUGAAAGUUCUGCAGGGAUAUGUGGAAUCAACUUGUUAGCUUCAUAUCCGACCAAGACCAGCCCUAAUCCUCCUGUUCCACCUCCGCCAGGUCCUGUAAGGUGUAAUCUGUUUACUCACUGUUCAGAAGGUGAAACAUGUUGCUGUUCCUGGAAGUUUCUCGGAAUAUGUUUCUCUUGGAAAUGUUGUGGUGUAAGUUCUGCCGUGUGUUGUAAGGAUAAGCGUCACUGUUGUCCACAAGAUUAUCCAAUUUGUGACACUAGAAAUAGCCAGUGUCUUAAGAGAGUUGCAAAUGGAACGAUAACAAUGGCAUCUGAUAAAGAAGAUACUUUUCAUCAGACAAAAGAUUGGAGUUCUCAAUGAGUAUUUAUCAUUUACAUCACUCAUUUGUAUUGUUGAAUAUUUCCAAUAGCUUAUCAGUAUGUAUUACUGUGAGUCAUUCAUUUCUAGCAGUCAAAUAGGGUAUGAAAGGAAACAGAUUAUAGUAUGGGAUAUUGAUAGGUUAGGGAAUGCUAGGACGAUCCAAACGUAAUACUAGAAAGGAUGCAUCUAUGUUUGAAAUGUAUCUCAGUUCUUGCGGUUUUAUUAAUAGAGUUGUUAUAGCAAGACUGAAUUGUGCCUCAGAACAAAAUUAUGUGGUAGCUUACUUCUUAUGUUACUUCUUAGUUCUGAGUUUAGCUUAGAAUUGCAUAUGUUUUUUUGUGGUUUGCAAGAUAGUGAAUAUGGCAUGAAUUGUCUUCAUUGAUGA